AUGGGGAACAGCAGCAGUGACAGAGCCAGCGGGAGUCAGAGUGAAAGAGGGAAGGAUGCACGACCCAACAUCCUGAUGGACAGCACAGAGGAUGCAGAUAUUUUCCAGAGGGAAGAUACAAAGGCACCACAGGAGGAUCAAGAGUUUCUGGCUUGGCAGCAGGACCUGGAAAGCGACAACAAAUGUCCAACCCUCGCCAGGCCGACGGUGUUCCGCUGGAGCGGAAGCGCUAAAGAAGUUUUUGUGUCCGGCUCAUUUAACAAUUGGACCACGAAGAUCCCUCUCAACAAAAGUAAGAACAAUUUUGUGGCAAUCAUGGACCUUCCUGAGGGGGAACACCAGUACAAGUUUUGUGUAGACGGCCAAUGGACUUUGGAUCCUACAGGGGCUGUGAUCACAACCAAAACGGGGACUGUGAAUAACGUUAUCGAGGUGAAGACGACUGACUUUGAGGUCUUUGAUGCCCUCCGAAUUGACUCCCAGGAUUCUACAGAAAUCUCAGACUUGUCCAGUUCCCCGCCUGGCCCUUACCAGCAGGACGCAUACGUUGUGAAGUCAGAAGACAAGCUCAAACAUCCUCCUAUUUUACCUCCACACUUGCUUCAAGUGCUCCUCAACAAAGACACAGGGAUUUCUUGUGACCCGACCUUGCUUCCUGAGCCCAACCAUGUGAUGCUCAAUCACCUAUACGCCCUCUCCAUCAAGGAUGGCGUAAUGGUUCUGAGUGCUACACACAGAUACAAAAAGAAGUAUGUGACUACGCUCCUGUACAAGCCAAUAUAA